AUCAAUGAAUCAAAAUAAAAGUGAUGAGAGCACUACAAAUAAUACACAAAGAAAAGUUUUUACGCACGUAUAUAUUUUUGCUAUAAUGACUUAAUUGGGUAUAUUUUUGUAAUUUGGAAGUUUUUCGACAAUAGUUGGACGACAUACGUCGUCCAAUUGCUUAUCGAUGAGAGCCACAGCCGAGUUAACUUUGUUUGACAUCGCCUGGGAAGAUGUAUUGUUCGUCAAUUUAUUUUCAUUACUUUCUCUCGAGGACUUGUUUAAUCUACGCUGCUGUUCGCGAUUGAGCAAGGAAUUAGUGGACAGUGGAUUACGACACCGUAAAGAAAUCAAUCUAUCCGGUAAUAACAGUCCUCACAUAUUACGUGCAUUCCAGCUUUUAUCGCAAAAUUGUCGCAAUGUGCGUUCGGUAAAUCUGGCUAAAUGCAAUUGGCUUCACGAUAGUAUUUUGAGUGAGUUUCUUAAUGUAAAUACUAGGGUUACAAGAAUCAACCUGAGUGAAUGUCCAAAUAUUUCGUCAGCGUCGCUACAGCCUAUAAUAAUAAAAUGCAAAAAUUUGCUGGCUUUAAAAUUAGCAAAAUGCAGUUGGCUUACAAUUGGUGCAAUGGAAGCAUUGACACUGCAUCAUUCUGGAAUUCAAGAAUUGGACAUUUCCCAUUGUACCUCACUAAGCGAAAGAUGUAUAACAAUUUUUUUACUUAACUGUCGAUUGUUGAGAGCACUUUCGCUUGCCUAUAUUCCAUGUAUAACCGACAACCUGUUGUAUUCGAUUGCAAAAAAUUCGAAAGAAAUGAGGCAUUUGAAUAUUAUUGGGUGUCACUUAACAACAGAUCGUGGUGUAGGAGCUAUUUCGUUAUACUGUACUCAGCUGGAAUCACUCAUGGUUCGUGAUUGUCCUUAUAUUACGGAACGAAGUUUGUCGCUGUUACGAGGACGCGUUUUUAUAGAUCGACCAAAGAACUAUCAGCAAUUCAAUAUUGCCCCAAACAUAGGUCUACCAAGGCUGUAUCUACAAGUUUGAAAACAAAUUCAAUUGUAUUAUAUAUAUUUUCAAUUGAGAUAUACAUUUUAUCUUAAUAUGUAAAAUAAUGAAACUUUCAUAUAAUAUAUUUAUUUGACCUUCACAAACUGUCCUGGCUUCGGUUUAUUUUUUUUCUUGUUUGGAUUCGUCGUUUGCGGCGUUUUCGGUUUGCCUUUCUUGGAGACA